UGUACUCGUGUUUACUCGUAUCGUUUCAUACCUACUUGUGAAAAAUCAACUUGAACCAUCAAUUAAUUUUAAACAUAUUUUAAAAUGAGUGAAUCGAGUAGUGCUGAAGAAGAUACUACAUUUUAUUUUGAAAGUGAUCAUCUUGCUUUGCGUGGCCAUCCAGAUUACACAAAAAUGUUGCGCACUAUAGCAAUACUAGAAGUACAAAGAACGCGCGUACUGAAACAGAUAGAAGAUUUGGAGAUCGCAAAAAAGCGAUACAUGGAGAAUCCAGAAUUGCUGCUUGAAAAGUUGCGAAAUAAUGAAGAAAUCAUUGCGCCAAACUACAUGACCAUUGAAAAGAUACCAGAAAUAUCUACAAAUUUGGAUCUUAUGCCGGAAAAUGACGCCAAAGUGAAAGAAGAACCAGAAUCGGAUUCAAAGCCAGCAACGGUGCGCGGUCGUAUUGUGGAUGAGUCCAAGUCGGAAACUUUUAACCAACUAUGGUCCUGUGAAGAACAACGCCGCCUUGAGGAGCUGCUAAUCGAAUACCCAGCAGAGGCUAUUGAAAGUCGCCGAUACGCGAAAAUUGCUAAAGCACUGGGUAAUCGCACACCACAGCAGGUAUCCAGUCGUGUACAAAAGUAUUUUAAAAAAUUGCACGAUGCUGGCCUUCCCAUACCGGGACGUCGGCCGAAAAAUAGGCGUGGGGGUCAAUCGAAAGCAAAGCACUUUUUUCGACCAACUACAUUUUUUCCCGCAUUUAAUGUACCUGUAAACAUGCCGGAAGAUGACUACUCAUUUGGUGACUUGCGCUCGGAAAGUUCACCAGCGCCAACAGAUAAGCGCAAUACCUCCACGGAAACUCCACCGGAAGAGGGAGCCAGUGCCAUUGAGUCACUUAGCGCUGAAGAUCGUGAACGCAUGUUGAAAAUAUUGAACUUGAUAAAAGAAGAGAAAAUGAAUACGCCCGAAGGUUAUAAUCCAGAUCCUUUAGCUCGUUUGUGUGAGACAUGCCGUGUAGCUGCCGUUUCGCGUUUACAUUGGCGAUGCAACACUUGUUAUAUAUACUUAAAUCAAUGCUCGGAUUGCAUUGUGAGUCAGUUGUUGUCACAAAAUUUUGAGCAUCUGCCACACGAUGUAGUUACGGAGACUGAUUCGUGACAGGCACAUUGGAAUCCAAAAGGUGUUAACAAUAUAAUUUGAUUUUGAUUACUGAACAGCCAAAAGUGUCUAAAACUAUUUUAUAGCUCAAAAUGUUUAGUAUAACAUACUCAUGUAAUGCCAUAAAGUCUGAUCGACGAACUCUGCAGUAGUAUACCGUUUUUGGUGAGAAUUCUAAUACUGAAACAAGAAUAACAGAUCAAAGUGCUUUCAACUUUUUAUAACUAAAUUCAUUGUCUUUUAUUAUUAUUAUGUAACGUAUGCACAUAUGUGCUAAAAAGUAAGUCGUAGAGAUGCGCUCAUGAAGAAAUUUUAAAACCGUCACGCAUAACCACGCAAACAAAAAUAAAAUCAUAAUAUUUUUAAAAUUUGCUGAGUUCAAAGUAGCUGCUUAAAGGGAUAAGGCUGGAAUUUACAUAGCCCUUAAAUAUCGAAUCGGAUAAAUGUACGUACGUUCGAUUAUAACUUUUCCGUUAUAAAUGGUAGAUCCAGUAUGAAUAGCCCAAUCAAGGAUUUUUAAAAUCUGACACCAGAUUUAGGUUCAGCAAUCAUGGAAACCCAGAAAUGUUUACACAAGCAGGACAAUUACAAUUUUUAAAAUCCGAGACCAGAUUGUAUUCCUGCUUAAAAAAGUAUCAUUUCAUUUCAUUUAUUUGGUUUUGUCAAUUUUAUUAUUUGUCGGUUCGUAAGUUUGGUGAAUUGCAUCUAUUCUACAACAUAUUAGUGGUAUUCUUCAAAUUGGGCAAGUGGCCUGGCAGUCUGGCAAAAGAACAGGUGGGCUCAAGCAACGACUGUUGACAACACUCACUUGCCACUUGCUCACUUUGGUGAAUACCACUAUCGAAUUUCAAAAAUCGCUCGCUGAUUUUAAAAGAGCAAAAGUGUACAAACAUUUUCAGCCCUUAAAUUUAGCUCUGUUCCGGUUGACAUGGAACGUCCCAUAUACAUCUAGAUAUACAGUGGUCGAAAAAAUUA